UCUUGAUUAAAAAGUUAGAUUCUUUCUAACUCUCGAGUGUAAUGGCGGUUGCAGAUUAGCAGUUUCUUUAAGAUGAAGACUAUGAAAUUGGCCUCAGCUGGAGAGGAGGUGAAAAUUUGGGAAGCACCGAGUUAUUUCUUAGUAAACCAGUAUAAUCCAGAUCAGAGUACCUUUGUUCGAUCUGUAGCUUGGAGUCCAGAUGGUCAGCAAAUAGCCAGUGUACCUAAUACUGGUGAGAAAGUGUUACUUACUUUGGUGAAACAUAGUGCUUUGCAUAAUAUUGAAGUUAGCCCAGGCGAUAUAGUGACAUGUGCUGUAUUCAACAAUUUAUCUUCACGGUUCUUGGGAUUUGGCUGUAAAUCUGGAAACAUCAUCAUCUGGGACCUGAAGUCUCAAAAAGCUAGGAGGUCAUAUCUGGGUCACAGAGAUGAAAUUACGUGCCUUCAUUUUAACUGGAAUGAUUCAUAUGUAGCUUCUGGCUCAGUCACAGGUGACAUCCUCCUUCAUAAUGUUACCACUGGUCAUACUUCUGCACCUCUCAGGAAUGCUAAAGCUCAGGCAAUACGAGGACUUGAGUAUGGAUUCAUCAAGAAAUCCCUUCUAGGAUCUGUCUCAGAUGAUGGGUCUGUAUCCCUGUGGGAUGUCAAUUCCCGUCAGCUAAUACAUGGCUUUACUGCUGCUCACAGUGCACCAGCAACGGGCCUCGUUUUUUCACCUGUCAAUAACAUUCUGCUUAUCAGUGUGGGCUUGGACAAAAAAAUAAUUAGCUAUGAUGUCCAAAUGAAAAACCAUGUGAAGUCAUUCAAUUGUGAUGCUCCUCUAACGGCUGUAGACUUCAUGGAUGAUGGAGUGACUUUAGCAGUGGGAACAAGCCGAGGAAAAGUCCACAUAUAUGAUCUCAGGCUGUCCAGCACACCAGUGAAAACUCUGGCUGCUCACAAUAUUUCUGUUCAUUCUCUUGCCUUUCAAAAUACUUCAAAUAGAAUUUUAUCACAAGGAGAGUCUUCAACAACAAAAAAAUCACAUCACAACUUAGAACCAGUUCAGAACAAAGACUUUGAAAAUGAUGAUAUUCUUAGAAGUAACAUUGUCGUAACUUACUCUGGCAUUUCUACAGCUGCUUCUACUCAGCCCAGUUCUAUCCUGAGUCCGAAUCAUACGAUGCCAGCUGUGUAUGUCGACACUGUUUGUCCAGGAAGGAGUGUGUGCGAUGUGUUUUCACCAGUUCGAGAUGGAACGUAUAAAACCUUUGAUAAACAAAGUUCUCCUGUAACUUAUGGUGAACAAAGAGAUUCUGGAUCCUUUUCACAUACAGUGUUUUCACCUCUUCAAGAAACUACAAUAAAUUCAAACUUUCGAAGACAACCCAUUGGUGGAGGUAGUCAAAACUCUUCUCAUCUUCUUGGUGAUCGUCCUAUUACAACAGGGUUAUCUGAAGCAGAUGAAGAAAAAAACAAUCCUGUAGCUCCCAUUACUUUGCCAGAAACACCAGUUUCAGUGAAUUCUUUUUAUUCUACUACCAUUUCUGAACAAAGCAAUUGUAGCCAAAAGCCUGCCAGUGCAUCUCCCACAAAGUACUCAGCAGAAAAAGUUAUCAACCAGACUAGUACAGAAGCAGUAGCAAAUUGUAACAGCUUUCUUGGUGGUGUUUUGGAAACUGAUAAGUUCAGCCAGGAUCAUAGAACUGAACCUUGUGGUGUAUCAUCAGCAGCAGGACAGAACAUAGUAACUUCUUCGAAUCACUUGGAUUCACUAACCAUUACAGAUCGACCAGAUGUGAUGGGAGCAGCUGGAGGAGAAGGUGCUGGUGAUAGUUCUUCAGACAAAUGGAAGAUCACAGAUUUUAGAGAAUCAAAUAUUAAUGGAUGCCAAGAUGACGAGGAUACGAAGGAAGAGGAGCCAAAAUCCCAGUCUUUACUGAGCAAAAGAAUAACAUGCAGGAAGCCAUGGUCCAUCAUUACCUCUGGUAAUGAAGAACCUCAAGCUUGGGACGAAUGUUUAGAAAGUCAAGUUGUUGAAGAAUCCAGAAGAUUGGCUUCUCCUCAGGCUUUUCAGGCAGAAUUUGUGCACCAAGUUGUUAGAGAUGCUAUGGAAGAAUUCAGAGAUUCUGUCCACAGAGACCUGUUCAAUCUCCAUGUGGAAGUAAUAAGGCAGUUUCACAACCAGAUGGCUGAAAUUCAUAACCUGGUGCGGCAAUAUUCAGUAAAUGAUGAACUCUUAGCUGAGCUAGAAAGAUUACGAGAAGAAAAUAAACAGUUGAAAGCUACUUUUUAGGAAAUUAGAAUAUUAAUGUUAUAUUUCAAUGCAGUGGUUACUAACUACAUAAAAAACUAAUAAUCCUUUGAAAGUUACCCAGAAGAAUUUGUAAAGUAUUUUUAUACAUCCUAAGCAAGUCAAAAAACCUUCUUCAUUUUUUUUAUUUGAGAUCUUUGUAUAAAUUCUUGUAAAUAUUUGUACAUCAAAGUUGUGGAAUCAUUUUCUUGUGGAAUAUACAGUUUUUUUUUUCCCAUGCGUGUUGUUUGGACAGCAUUCUGUUUGUCACUUCCUAGUUGUAAUGUUUACUUUGCUUAAAUUUAUUCAUCCAGCUUGUCUUUGUUACUAAUCAGUUUCAAAAGUCACGUGAGAAAUUUUACAAAAUUUGUGGUAUCUGGAUAAAUGUUAUUUUUAGAUGUUUUCAAUACAUUAAUAUUUUUUUAAAGUUUAACCAUUUUUUAAAGGUAAUAUGCAAGUAUAUCUUACAUAAAACAUGAAUCAACUGCCUAUAAACCUGUACAUUUUGUGAUACCAUAUCAUUAAAGCCUAUGCAUAAUAUGUAAAAGAAAAAAAAUGAUAGCUCUAUACCAAAGCUAUCACAUUCAUGCAAUUGAAAAUAAAAAAGAGAACAUUUUGUUUUUUAAA